GCUCCCCGUUCGUGUCUUUUGUCCUUUACGCCGACACCCCUCAACCCUCCAUUUCGCUCUCCCGACCUUUCCUCUAAAUUCUCCUUUUGAUCGACUUCCUACACUGUUGUUUUCCUCGGUGUCUGUCAUUUCUGCCCCUUCCGCUGGUUAGGUAGAUGGGCUUUUACCGACAAGCUACAACUACUUUCUCUUAUUCACUCCUGUGACUGCAUCCCAGAAUCUCAGAAUCAUGUCAAGUCGCCAACAGAUCGACUCCGUCAUUGACGAUGACGAUGAGUUUUGCCCCCUUUGUAUCGAAGAAUUCGACUUGUCGGAUAAAAACUUCAAACCAUGUCCGUGCGGGUAUCAGAUCUGUCAAUUCUGUUACAACAAUAUAAAGACGCACAGCGAAGAAGGGCGAUGCCCAAAUUGCCGGCGAUCUUACGAUGACAGCACCAUUCAAUAUAAGGUGCCUGAUGCGGAUGAGUUCAAAGCAGACCUUGCACUUAAACACCGCAAAGCAGCUGCCGCGAAAAAGAAGGAAACUGAAAAGCGAGAAAUCGAAGCCUCCAGCCGAAAGAAUCUUGCAGGUGUUCGUGUUGUACAGAAGAACCUCGUUUACGUGAUCGGUCUCAACCCUACAAUACGCGACGAAAGCCAACUUCUUCAAACUCUGCGCGGGAGAGAUUAUUUUGGCCAGUAUGGGGAUAUCGAAAAGAUUGUCGUCAGCAAGGCAAAGCCUGGUGGCAACCCAAACCAGGGCAUUGGCGUCUACGUCACCUAUGCCCGGAAAGCAGAUGCUGCAACUUGCAUCAGCGCGGUGGAUGGCUCUCCAAAUGGGGACCGGGUUCUAAGGGCACAAUAUGGAACCACGAAGUACUGCUCGUCAUUCUUGCGGAAUGAGCAAUGUCACAAUCGGAACUGCACUUUCUUACAUGAGACCGGGGAAGACAGUGACAGCUACAGUCGCCAAGAUUUGUCGUCAAUGAACACCUUGUCCAGUCAACGCUCAAAUGGUGUUCCCGGCCCCAGCUCUGCUACCCCGCCAUACGUUGCCCGAUCCUCCGCACAACCGAUCUCCCAAACAUUACGACGUCAACCUAGCAAAGAUGAUGCCACUAGCAAUCGAUCUAUCGACGGCCCUGCUCUUCCAUCCUCAGCUAGCUGGGCGAACAAGGAUUCAGCGAUCAACCGAACCAGACGGGCCAGCCUCACAGGCAGCCAAGCAUCACAAAGCCCACGACCAGCCAUUGCCACAGUUGCGACACUUUCGGACGAUACCAAGCGCAAUGAGAAGCCACCACAAAGUCAACAAGAGCGCCAGCAGACCCCGUCACCAUCAGACGCGUCAUCCUCAAUACCUCAACCCCCUCCAUCUCAACCGCCAGCAGACCAAGUAGCUCCCUUGUUAGAUGGCUUGGUAAAGGCUGUCAACUCCCCCUGCUUCAAAUUCGUCUUCUCGGCGGCUGGUCUGCCACCAGACGAGCUUGCUCUCAUCGAUAACCACCCCUCAUUCAUUGAUCCAUACGGUGGCGUUAAGCGUCGCGCGAUGCGAGAGAAAGCGGAACAAGAACGCGUCAAAAGGGAACAAGAGCUUCUGCAAUCUGUUCCGGUGGAAGAUGAGGGCCGUGAGAGUGGAAGUCUCCAACUCGGCGGUGAACCAGACGAUGCCAAUCCUCCGAGAGGCCGGACAGGUCGCGAUUCUCAUGGUGCAAUUCAACCCCCAUCCCAGCAAGGCACAACCGCAAGCUCAGCCGUCGGUUCUCCUGUGUCUGCUACUAGCCAUCAAUUCCAGGGCAUCAAUUUAAACAACCGCAGCCUGACCCCGUUGCAGCAACAGCAACUUAUGCUACUCAAGUCAGCUGGCAAUCAACAGGCAGGCCUUGUCGAUCCCUUGCAGUCUGGAAUGAACUCAACUGCAUUUGACCAUGUCGCGCAAACCCGGCAAGGUCUCCUACAAAACCAGGUUGCGCAGCUUAAUGCACUCCAGGCGCAGAGUCGUCAGAACUCCCGAUUCUCUUUCACAAAUGACACUAGCUCUAAGAAUCUUGCGAACUCUCGGAUGCUGAACCAACCAACGUCCUUGAUGCAGUCGGGUACACCUAACCCGCUCGCUGCACCCAGCCCACAGCACACUCUUGCAAGCAGCUACUAUACUAGUGGCGUCCAAGGCCCUCCUCCAGGUCUGAAAACAGCAGGCACUCCACCUGUUAGUGGAGGCGGGAUGUUCGCUCAAGGUCAUGGCUUCACAUCCAACGCGAGUCUCGGAUUGGGUGGAAAGCAGGAAGCCAACCCGGAAUUAAUGCGCGAGCUGCUGCGCAGCCGCAGUGGCACCAAUGCAGGUGGUUUACCGGGGCCCGACAAUAAGCUAGAUCUUGCGGACCCGAGUAUCCUGCAGGCGAGGAUGCACCAGGUCGGUGCGAAUGCUGGUCAAGGAUUGUAUGGGAGUCAGGGCCAAGUUGACGAAGAAUUCCCGCCUCUUGGUGCCGCAUCAAAAGACAAGCGCUCGGUUGAUAGCUUCGGAUCGUUCAUGCGAUCACAGUUGAUGAGUGACUCUCAGCCUUUAGGUCGUUCCGGUACACCAAGUCUCCCACCAGGCCUACCCCUUCCACAAGGACACUCCGUGUCAGCGUUGUUCCAUGAUCACUUCAAGCCUUCAAGCCCCGGAUCAUCCGUUUCUGGCCCGCCUCCUGGGUUGGAGCCGGAAUCUCCUUCCGUAGCCGGCAUUUCUCGGGGCUCCGAGGAUGAUGCAAUGGGAGUAGAAUCGAAGGAAGAUCCCGAAAGCAAGUCAUCCUCUAAAAGGGCUAAGAAUGUGGCAGAGGUAUCUCUGGGGUCCCCUGUGGCAAAGGCAACUGCUAGAGUUCGUUCCCAACCAAAGGAAGAACCAGUCACUGCAGAGAAUAAAACCGCUCAACCAAAAAUUAACGAUGCUAAGGCGUCCACAUCCUCUUCUAACAAGGCCAAGCCGACAAAAUUGGAUAUGAGCUUUAACACCCAAGGCCCAGAACAGCUUUCGAAGGCGGAACCACCAUACCAUAUCCCGUCUGCUCAUGCUGCCCCGGCAUCCACCGUUAAUUCACGGCCCAAUACGCCGUUGACCGCGGCUUCGCGGGUAUCUGAGUCCCCAGCACCUCGCCAACCUAGAGUCCUUCGUGUUGUCGAUACUCCAAAGACAGAGACUCCACCACCUAUGUCCGCUACUCAGUCCAUUGCGUCCCUUCCGAUUGGAGGGAAAGCCCGCUCGAGGCGGCCUAGUGUUUCGUCUCAGAGCCGUUCCGAUACGCCUGGUGACCUUGGGUCAGAGGCAGACCUCUAUGCCUCCACAUCGGCUUCUCGUGCUAACUCUCCCCCUGCAUCCUCCAGAAUUGGCUCUGCACCAGUACGGGCUGUCACGAAGAGCCAAAUGAAAAAGGAGCGGAAGCAGAAAGCCAAGGAGGCAGAGGCGAAGAAGCAGGAGACCACCUCGGUGUCUGAAGAACCGGUGCAAGCCCCUAUAGUUGGCAGGAAACGAAAGACCAAGAAGGCUCCGGCUGAGUCGACCAAUUCAGCAUCGGAGAAUACUACCAGUACUAUCAAGCCUGUUCCCCAAGUCAGCAACGAGGAUAACGAGAAACCUGAGCCCAUUAAGAAACCAAAGCCAGCUGAGGCAGCCCCCAAGGAGCCUAAGCCCACGCCUCCCGAGGUGAAGGCACCUGCAGAACAGAAGCAGCCCGAAGCUUGGCGAUCCAGGAACACUGUUGAGCAACUGCUCAAGGACGCAGAAUCCACCGGUGCUUCGCUGAAGGAGCUUUUCUCCGAACGCACUUCUCCUUUACAGGCGUUGCUAUCUCAGCUUCACAAGUCGGGUGCUCUGGAUCUCAACAACCAUCCUCUAUUUAAUCCUUCUAACCUCAACCAACGCUCCGAUAUGAAAUGCACUUCGGACGAUUACGAGGAUCUGAAGCAACCUAUCGAGCUCACUGAACAGCACCGUAAAGCGCUGCUGCGCGGGGAACCCAUCCGGAUGGGCACAGAUUCUAUGUCGUUGAAGGAUAGGUGUCUUAUCAGCCCCCGCGGGUCCAUUCUCCACCACCUAUCCUCCGAAGAGGAAGAAAGGUACCUUGCCCUAGAAAAGAGCAUUUCCUGGGCUAUCGAUACCUUUCAAGAAUACCCCGGUAUUCCAAUCACUGAGCCAGAUGCCACAAACCGCGGCGGCGGUCUAGACGCUCUAUUCGCCACGCCCGAGAAUUUCAACGUCUGUUGGGUUGACGAAACAUCCGCGGGGGUCUCAGCUUCGUCCCCCACCUCCGGUCAAUCCACAGCUGAAGGGCCUGUUUCUUCCAUCCCGCCGAAUGUUCUCUCCGCGAUGGAGGCGGACAGUACCCGAACCCACAAUUGGGCUAUCGACAAUACUGCAGAGCUCAUGAACGCGACACCUACCUCGGUACGCUCUUUUGCUGCCGCUACAGCUAAGCAUAUGCUCGGUGCAGCGGGAGUUGUCAUGGGUAACUUGCCCGACCUCGACGAUGUCGUGGGAAUGACGGAUGAAGAGCUGCGUUCGUUUGCAGUCAAGUCGCAGAAAGAACUUGAGACGUCGCGAAAGGACCUCGAUGCUAUUGAUAAGAAGCUUGGUGCGUUGGUGAAGAGAAACAAAAAGCUCGCACAGCAGGCUCUGGCUAUUUAGUCGAGUCGAGUGCUUCGCUAUGUACCAUCAAUUUUCUGUACCUUAAUGUUUUUCAGCGUGCAUAUGGAAGGGCCUAGUUGUACAUUAUGUUUGAGUUCUUUUAGCUAUAAGCAACCCCAAUUUCAUGGUCGAAUGGAAGUCCGAU